AUGUACCUGAUCACUGUGUUUGGAAACCUGCUCAUUAUCUUAGCCGUCAGUUCAGACCCCCACCUCCACACCCCCAUGUACUUCUUCCUCUCCAACCUGUCCUUUGUAGACAUUUGUUUCACCUCUACCACCAUCCCAAAGAUGCUGUGGAACAUCCAAACCCAGAAUAAAGCCAUAACCUACGAAGGCUGCAUCACACAGAUUUAUUUUUUCACACUCUCUGCAGUGUUGGACGUUUUUCUCCUGACCGUGAUGGCCUAUGACCGCUUUGUGGCCAUCUGCCACCCCCUACACUACACAGUCCUCAUGAACCCCCGGCUCUGUGCACUGCUGGUUCUAAUGUCCUGGGUCAUAUUUGUUUCCUUAUUUUAUUGUACAAUGCUAGGGGUGUACCUUAGCUCUGCUGGUACCCACAGCUCAAAAUCAAGUGCAACAGCCUCAGUGAUGUACACUGUGGUCACACCCAUGUUGAACCCCUUCAUCUACAGUCUGAGAAAUAAAGAUAUAAACAGAGCUCUGAAAGCAUUCUUUGUGAAGCAAAAUACAAAAUGA